UUUUAUUUAAAUAAUAUUAAAGUAGUGCCUUCCGAUAUCUUUAAUUUAUUAAUAGAAAUCGGAUUAGCACACUGGAUUAUGGAUGAUGGAUCUAAACAUGGUAAAGGUCUACAUCUUAAUGUAUAUGCUUUCUCUACUGAAGAUGUAAAUAGAUUAAUUAAUACACUUAAAAAUAAAUUUGGAUUAAAAUGUUCUAUUCAUCUCAAAGGAAAUAAACCAAGCCCGGGGGGCUCGCACCUUCGGGUCUGCACCUCCAGUGCAAGAAUUUAUAUUUGGGCUGAAUCUAUGGAUAAUUUAAGAUAUUUAGUAAAACCUUAUAUGUGUUCAUCUAUGUGCUACAAGAUUGAUUGAACUUUCCCUUUUGGGAAGAGUUUUAAGUUUUUAACUUAAAAUUCUUGAAAUAAUGAUCUAUUACC